CUUACGAGUUUUUAGUUGGUUUUUUAAAUUUCUUUCUGAGUAGGAGAUGAAGACUAUUUAAACGUAACCCUUUUAAAAGCUCUUACGUAAAAUGCCUAUUUUUUAGCGACUAUUGAUGUUUCGUUACUAUGUUAUAAAUGCUUUCAAAAAGUAUUUCCGUAUGUUUAGGAUAUAAGUAAUUUGAAGCAUGAUGUCGAUUAUAUUUUGUAAUUAAAUUUCUUUAUACUCAUCUUGUUUAUAUCUAAAGUUCUGUAAGAGCACGAAUUUAUAAUUUAUCCUUAAACCUAGUCUUUCGAAUAGACCUUUGAUAGCAUUUCAUAUUUUUAAAAAAUAGGACACAGAUUCGGAAAUUUGAGCUUUUUAUGGAAUAAGUAUUGCUUUAAUGAAACGAUAAAUUUUUAAAAAUUGAGUAUAUCAUUUGAAAACUGUGAUUAUAUAUAGUUUACGUAUUUAAUAUCACUACCAUUAGAUAUUAGAAAAAUGCAUCUUUAGUAAAACAUUUUCAUAAUUAAUAUGUAUUUGGUUACAUUAUAUUUAUAAAAAAAGAAGUCUCUUUGUUUUUGAAGCUAUUUAAGUUCCCGCAGUUUGAUGCUGACAUCCAAAAUUCCUGCAUAAAGUAACAUAUUGAAAUGAACGAAUGUCUCACAGUGAAAUCAUUAGCCGGUAAAAAUUCAAGUAAAAAGCCAAAUACUAAUUUUCCUAUUAUAAAAUAAAAUGUAAGUGGAACUACGGAGGAAGACAAAAAACUUGUCAGCCAAAUUGACUCAACACUUUUAAACAUUAGUAUCAUCGAACUUGAUUCACAGAACUCCAUUUCCAAAAUGAAAUCAAUUAAAAUGGGCAAAGGCAAAGAUGAAAUAUUACGAGAAGAGGAAAAUGCCUUAGAAAAUUCACAGAACAAAGCAAAUAAUGCUAUGCUGGAUGUACUCAGUGCUCAGGUUAAAAAUUUAAAAGAAGAAAUUGCGAAGCUCGUACAAGAACUGGUCAUCAAAGAAGAUACUAUUUUGUCAUUACAAGAACGUUUAAAAGAAGUAGAAACCAGUCAUACAGAGCUGCAAUGUAAAAAUGCAUUAAAUGAGAAAAACAUCACCAAGUUGCAAAAGACUUUAGAGGAUAAGACCAAACAUUGCGAAAUAAAGUCACAAGAAUUGACUUCGGCUAAACUAGAAGUUGAAAAUUUGACUCAAAGACAUAAAAGUAUAUCUGUUGCCAAUUCUAAUUUGGAGAAGAAACUCACAGAAAAACUGGCGUGCAACGAGAAAUUAAAAAAGGAACUUAAUCAAUGUAAAGAAAACGAAAAGACCCAACAAGAAUGUGCUCAACGUAAAAUCGAAGAUCUGAUAUCUGAAAAUAAAAACUUACAAAAACAGAGUACUGAUUUACAUAACGUCAUCAAGAAGCAGAUGCAGUUGAUCAACAACUUAAAAAGGCAAAAAAUGCACUCAGAAGCUGCAAUAGCUUUGAAAAUUACGGAAGAAGAAUUCAUGAAAGCUUUAGACGCAACUCCUGCCAUAUUCAGCGACACUUGAUGCUUCUGCUCGGUGAUAAGAUUGUGAGUGAUAAAAUGACAAACGAAACAUCUGCACUAUUGGAAAUUUAAAAUGUAACAUUGACAAAUUCCACCAAAAUUGCUGAUGAUAUGAAAUGUCUUCCUUCACAUAUAUUGACAAUUCGAACUUGCUCAAGGACUAUUUGCGCGGAGUUGUACUUGAUUAUAGAGAAUAAAGAAAUCAGAGGCUUUUAACGAUCCA